AUGAGUCCAACCAGACCAGAAAAGGGUCCCUCAUAUCCGGCAACAGCCCGACAAAAUGCCCAGUCAACGACCCUCCUUUGGCGCCUACAUGACCUGGUCGACCAAAUCAUGGUUAUAUCCGGGAUCUGUGCUGCGAGUCUCCCUAUAGCGUACUAUCUCAUCUGCUACUACUACCAAGGACUUGACAAAGCAACAUGCCGCGGGCGGAACAGCGAUCUGACUAUUAUCCUGGGUGGCGUUUUUAUUGUCGCCUAUCUGCUGAAGUAUGUGCUGCGGUAUUAUGCGCGGAGUGCAGCGGACCAGUGA